AUGGGCUGGCCGUCGCUCCCGCCAGUUGGCCCGAUCAACUCGUUUCUGACAUCGUCUCCUGGUUCACCCAGCCCAAAGGCUGCUAAUGAAGACGAUGAUGACUCGUUGGAGGGUGGAAGUGAUAACGAAGGUGAUAUGAUCCCCGGAACUAGAUCGAAUAUUGCAGUGGAUUCGCCAGUUCCUCAGCCUAGGGCGAGUUCGGAGAACAGGCCUAUUGAAAGUCAGAUGGAGGACGAUGGGUGGUUUGGGAAGGAAAGAGGAGCACAGCUCAAUCAAUCAGCACAGACGAUUAACAUUAGCUCCUCUGCGUUUGUUUCCUUGAUUUCCUAUAAAAUGGCUGAAAUCAUUCUGAUCCCAGUUGCAAAACAAAUUCUUGGCAAAGCAACCGACUUGGCCUCGGAGCAAUUUGGACUUCUGUGGAAUUUCAAGCGCGAGCUCCUGAAACUGAAGGACACCAUCGGCACCAUUCAGGCAGUGCUGCGUGAUGCUGAAGAGAAGCAGUUCCACAGUAACCAAGUCAAGGACUGGCUGGAGAAGCUCUCUGAAGUUAUGUAUGAUGCCGAAGAUCUGCUCGAUGAUCUUGCUACUGAGGCUCGUCGGAAGGUCGUGCUAGCAGCAACAUCAACUGGCAACGAUGAUGGUGGCGGGAGAAGGACGUUAGGUACGACUUGUUGGAGUGUGGUAUGUUUCCUGCUCUCCUCACUCCCCAAACAAUUGGCAUACGAUCUUAAGAUGGCUCAUGGUAUCAAGGCCAUUAGGGAGAAGCUUGACGAUAUAUCAAAAGACAAGGACACCUUGCAUCUGGAAGUUCAUACUACUGAGGAAGAGCCUCUUCCUUCCAGGGAGACUGAUUCCUGCCCCCCCACAAUUGUUGUUGGGAGGGAAGAUGACAAGAAAAAUAUCAUCGAGUUGCUGCUAAAUUCUAAUCGUGAAGCCAAUAUUUCAGUCGUCCCAAUCGUUGGGAUGGGUGGGCUGGGAAAGACUACUCUUGCUCAGCUUGUAUCCGAUGACGAUCGAGUUAAAGGUCACUUUGAUAUCAAAGCUUGGGUCUAUGUUUCACAGAGCUUCGAUGUCAAAGUGAUUCUCGGAAAGAUGCUGCGAUCCAUGAACUGUGGAAGCCAAGCAGGUGUUGAUUUGGAUGUUUUGCAAACUCGCGUUCGAGAAGCAAUCAAAGGCAAGAGGUUUUUAUUUGUAUUAGAUGAUGUGUGGGAAGAGACCGACAGAAGUUGGGAGACUUUAGGAAAAUAUUUGAUGUUUGGUGCUGCUGGAAGCAAAGUGUUGGUGACUACUCGAUCCACAAAAGUGGCGGAGGUUGGUGGAGGAGCUCUGAAGUCGAGAACAAGUACAAUCAUUGUAGUGCCUUAUAACUUGAAAGGCUUGUCAGAAGAAGAGUCUUGGAACUUGUUGGUGGAAAAGGCCUUCCCAAGAAAAGUUCCGCAAGAAUCACAACUGCAAAAAAUUGGUAAGAAAAUAUUGAGGAAGUGUGAUGGAGUUCCUCUAGCUGUGAGCACCAUAGCUGCUGUGUUAGUAGAUUUUAAAGAUCCAAAGUUCGAGUGGCCAUCUUUUCUACAAAAUGGCCUUUCGAGCAUCACAAAAGAAGGAGAAGAUGAUCCUACUAUGUCAGCUCUCAAACUUGGUUUCAAUCAUCUCCCUUCCCAUAUGAAGCAUUGCUUUGCUUAUUGUAAAUUCUUUAGCAAGGGUGAGGAGCUCCGUAUUAAUUUGUUGGUUCAACUUUGGGUAGCACAAGGGUACAUUGAGUCUGAAGAUAAAGUGGCGAAGAGGAGCGGUGGUAUUAGUAAUGACAAGACAGUUGGGGCUGAGUUGGAAGAGCUGAAAGGGUUAAAUGCAUUGUGUGGAGAAUUGGCAAUUAAAAGCCUAGCAAAUGCCGAAUCUCCAAGAACAGUUCGAAAGCCCGUGCUCCGCACGGGAUAUUCAAUUACGUUGUCUUACGGCAGGCUUUCCCCCACCAAUUCCCUCGAUUUUGUUCAUUCCGGCCAGUGCCUUCACUGGCUUUCCCAGGUUCCUCCGGAGCUGAGUGACAAACGGGACCCGCUGAUAAACAAAGGGAAGGUUUUCAUCUCGAGAACGAGCUCGCCUGCUGUAAUAGGCGCUUACAAGUCCCAAUACCGGAAGGACUUCUGCUCAUUCCUCCAGGCGCGUUCAGAAGUAGUGGUUUCAGACGUGGGAGCUGAGAUCGAGAGAGAAGGGUCGUUUGCUGUGGAUCGCCUGGAGACCAUCGUGAUCCCAUGGGAUGGAUGUAAUGGAGGAGAAACGAUGUGUGGCAGCCUGACAGGGCGACCACAGUUAGGAACAGGGAAAAUUCUCAGCCUGACCGGCCAGUGCCUUCACUGGCUUUCCCAGGUUCCUCCGGAGCUGAGUGACAAACGGGACCCGCUGAUAAACAAAGGGAAGGUUUUCAUCUCGAGAACGAGCUCGCCUGCUGUAAUAGGCGCUUACAAGUCCCAAUACCGGAAGGACUUCUGCUCAUUCCUCCAGGCGCGUUCAGAAGUAAGAACAAGCCCGUUAUCUAGAGCUCUAGAGCUCGAAGUUGAAGGUCCUAUUCAGUUCAUGGGACCUGGUGCUGAUGAUGUCAAUCACACCUUACUGUUGGAACUUGGACUUGUUGCUGCUUAAGGCGCGGAAUGAAGUGAUUGCUUCUUCGUCUUCGUUUAUUCCAUUUGCUCCGGUUAUUUUUCGUAAGCAC